GGUAAAUUUGGCAGUCGUCGUUUUUGUCUUCGCCGUAGGAACAGCAGAAUAUCAGCACCAAAGCAGCGAGAGACCAGUUCCUGUUCGACUGGCAUCAAGAAAAUAUAUCAGCAGUGCAGUAGGCAGUAAAGUGAGUAAUAAGUGUGUGUGGUUUUUGAAGCAACAAGGAUUGUGGGGCGAGAGGGGAAAAUCAGCCUGUGGGUUUUGCGUAUGUGUGAGCGAGAGGGUGUGGAAACGGAAAAAGUUCAACAAAGGAAAGUGUCGAAGAUCUCAAGCUGCUAGCGGUAGUUGGAUCAAGAGGCAAAGGUGGAAGCAGGGAGACGAGUUCUCUUUUGCUUUUUUUCAUCAUCAAAUGGCUGACAGCAGUGUGAAUGCAAAGUGUAGUGAUGGUGUUUCGUAUUUUGAUAGCUCAAUGAAGGAAAAAAUGACUUUACACAAUAAUCCGUCAAAUAGUUCGUCAUCGAUUGGUGGAACAGCUGGAGUAGCUGGAACUUCCGGUGGUCAGACAGUGAUGGUCGACCGUCUGAAGCUACUGUAUCCGAACGUAAAUGAAGCUGUCGAUCCGUUACCCCGUUCCUGGAGCUCCCAAGACAAGUGCACCACUAUUGGACUGACCCAGAAUAAUUUACGUGUUCAUUACAAAGGCGUUGGCAAAUCACACACAGAUGCGGCGUCGGUGCGUACCCCGUAUCCAAUUCCUGCAGCAUGUGGUCUGUACUAUUUCGAGGUGAAAAUAAUCUCCAAAGGGCGCGAUGGCUACAUGGGCAUCGGACUGACCGCACAUCCACACUUCAAAAUGAACCGAUUACCGGGUUGGGAUAAGCAAUCCUACGGAUACCACGGGGACGACGGAAACUCGUUCUGUUCGUCUGGCAAUGGGCAACCUUACGGACCCACCUUUACCACCGCUGAUAUUAUUGGUUGUGGUGUAAAUUUAGUCGAUAAUACCUGUUUCUACACUAAAAACGGCCACCAUCUAGGAAUAGCUUUUAGAGAUUUACCGCCACGGUUAUAUCCCACAGUGGGACUGCAAACCCCCGGUGAAAUAGUAGACGCCAACUUUGGCCAGGAGCCAUUUAAGUUUGACAUCGAAGACAUGCUGAAGGAGCUACGAGCGGCGACUAAAGCGACCAUCUACAAUUUCUCCCUGCCAGACGAUCAGGGCGACUGGACUCUGAUCUUGCACAAAAUGGUCUCCUCGUAUUUAGUUCACCAUGGUUACAGUUCGACGGCGGACACCUUUGUUCGAACUACCGGGCAGUCGCUGCAGGAGGACAUGGUGUCGAUAAAGAAUCGACAAAAAAUAAUUAAACUAGUGCUAUCGGGGCGCAUGGGACAAGCAAUCGAGCAAACGGUACGCUUAUAUCCUGGCUUGCUAGAGUCCAAUCAAAAUCUGCUAUUCAUGCUGAAGUGCAGGCAGUUCAUCGAGAUGGUGAAUGGAUCUGAUUUUGACCUAGGUGGUUCAACUCACACGAGUCCAGUGCAAACGUCGGUGAUACAAUCGACGAAAAGUUUUCAAAAUGGAAACUCAAUUAUCCCGGAUAACGGAGACAAUCAGGGUUUUAGCAAAAACAAUGUCCUUAGUAAUAACGGCACGUGUAUCGAAGAUGACUACUCCAACGACGUGGAGAUGGAGAACGGCCAUACGAAUAAUGUGAACUCAAACGGCUACAAGAAUGGGACCUCCAACAAUAACUUGAACGAUUCACUCGAAGAAGACGAUGAGGAUGACGACGACGAGGGCCGGGACGAAGAUAUGGAUGUUGAUUCAUCGCUAUCGCCAAACUGUAAGUCGUCCGCCAGUGCUGGAUCUACCCGAUCCGGCGUCGAACGAAUGUUGGCAUUCGGAAGAGAUUUGUUCCAAAUGAGCCAACGAUUGGAGAAGGAACAAGGAGUGAACGAAACCAAUCAGAAAAUGUUAGAGGAUGCAUUUAGUUUAUUAGCAUAUUCUAAUCCAUGGUCAAGUCCGCUGGGUUGGCAGCUGUGUCCGUCGCGCCGGGAGUCCGUCUGUGCUGCCCUCAAUUCUGCCAUACUAGAAUCGCUGAGCUACUCGUGGCGGCCGCCACUGGAAGUGUGUAUAGCGCACGCAUGCGAACUACUCCGUCUAAUGUCCAGCUCAUCCCUCGGCGCCUGCGCGUUCGUCAGCGUGGAAGAUGUUCUUCGGCAACAGCAGCAUCAUUGACUACAACUGUUUCUUCAGCUGUCCUCUUAUUUCAAUGCCUAAACUCUCGGCUGCGCCAAAACUCCACCCCUUGCAUAUUACGAUGUAUCGCAUGAACUGUUUCUACUGCUCCCAACUCUAUCUCUACUCAGUUGACUGUUCUCGCUAUUCGGCCUUUGUGGCGCCUGUGAUUUCCGGCGUGUGAACGGUUCCAAUUGAGCUAUCGAGUAUGCUUGGAGCAAAUUCCGGUGCAGAUGCACUAACAGAUGAUGAUUGUAUAUUGUAAUUUAUUUUUGCUAUGCGUUAUUGAUGUCGCUUCCAAUUUAUGUUAUUGCGCGAAUGAUUGCUUCUUAUUUUCCGCUGCCUUUAAGCCCCUUUGAAUUCCUUUGGGACAGUAGAAAUAGUUACAUUAGAGCUGAAUCGUGUUUCACUCUUCGAAAUGGUGUAUAAAGCAAUCACAAAUUGGAACGUUGAUAUUUUAUCACAAAAAUCUUUUUCGAUUUUUUUUAUAUUUUAGUUACACAUUUUGAGUUUGUUUGAAUUUACGAUAAGUUUAAGCAACACACACACACACAUACACUAGCUUAUUAUGAAGGAUGUAAAAAAAUGAAUAAACAGAAAAGGAAAACGAGUUGAAAACAGCAGCAAGGUUAUAUUUCCAUACGAUGGCGCAUAGACAAACUUUUAUCAAGGGAGAUGAGUUUAAACAAGCAACUAGGUAAGGUUAGACGAUAAGACGAUGACAAAGAUAAGUAAAGAUCGCUCUGAUAACUAUAAUUAACAAUAUAUUUACAAGUAAAGGACGAAACAGUUGAUUAAGUGAAUGUUGCGAGUACUUGUUAGCAAAGCUUUAGUUUAAUUUUUGUUUUCGAUUUCUUCUCGUAGUUUAAGAUUUCUUAACAUCUUUGUGAAAUUACCAUUUUCUUAUUGUCGCUUUCCGACAUCGGUGUUCUCGUUCGUGACCAAGAGUAGAUAUGAAAACAUUCAAAGGUACGAGUAUUUACUGCAUCUUUUCAAUGUACCAAUUUCAUGUUAGGGAUUCGAUUGAGCACUACAAAUUGCGUUCAAGUACAGAUCAUACUUCGAAUGAAAAAACUGUUGUUAUCGUCUCUAGUAGGAGAGCUAAAUGAAUAUUUGAUUAGCUUUCGAUCAAAAUUUAGUUAAAUGUCUUUUUGGCAUUCAAAAAAAAAUCAAAUAUUCAUAUAACUCACAGUGUACAUUUCAUGGAAAGUUUGGGAGUUGGAGAUUGCUGUUUUCCCGUUUACAUUAGAAUGAAGUGCGUCUUCCAAGAAACAAACGAAAUAAUCCCCGCAAAUUUACAGAGUAUCUGUCACUAUUUCCGAAUGCUUUUUUCCGUUUCAAAUGGUGGAAUUCAGCAUCCGUGACUGUUUGUUCGAUACAGUUAUCAUCUUCGCUCUAUCGUGGCUUUGUAAAGUUUGCUCUUUUAUAACUACAACAUCAAAAAAUUUACAUGAUUUCGUUUGCACUUUAAUCGUAUGCAAGCAAAAUAACCGUUGAUUUAAGCAGACCAGGAGAACUAGUGUUGAAGGUCAGGAGAUGAAAGCAUAUUGUAAAUGAAAAUUUGAAUAAAAGUAAGCAGCAUAGAUGAGCAAAAAUAGCGUUAUUGAGUGUAGCGAUAAGCAAGUAAUCAAUAACUGAGUAGAGAGAGUUCAUACACACACGUAUAAUGAAACAAAACAAUACAAGUAAAGGAUUAACGAUAAUUAAUUUUUGAAAUUAAGUUCGAAAAAUAUAUAUUUAAGAGGUAAGUUUUGUGAAAUUACUGUGAAUAUCGAUGCUAAAACAGAAAAAAUAAGAAGCAAACAGAUGAUAAGAAAUAAUAAAAGUUUUAAUUUUAAAAUGCA